AUGUUUAAUAAAACUAAGAAAUUCCUAACAUUAAUAUAUUAACCAAUAAGACAUCCCUUUAAGACAUUUUAAAAAUCAUUUGAGAUUGAAUAAGAAUGGGCCAAUGUAAAAUUAGUUUUGUAACCACAUAAAGGAAAAAUGCUAACACUUUUUGCAUUAAUAACUUAUCCUAUUUAUAAGGACAUGUUUCAAACAAUUAGAAAUUCAUUUGUUUCAACAGUUUAGAGUGAAUUAGGACCUGGAUAACCUUUUUAAGUCUUUAUUAAUAGUUUUGUUAAAGUAAACUUUUUUUGAUCAAUAGACUGAAGUUUAAACAAUUCUUAAAGAUCCUGUUGUAUAAUAAGAAUCUGUAGAUUUUGUAUAAAGAUUGGGAAAACAAUAAUAGGUUUAAGAUAGCAUUGUUACUUUACUGAAAUAAUCUAUAUAGGAUCCUUCAUUUUUAGAGGAUUCAAAAGUUUUUGGAAAGAAAUUAGUUUUGGAUUUAGUUUAAGAUAAAUAAAUUCAAGAAUAAACUCAAAAAUUAAUAAUACAAGUAGUAAAUGAUCCAAUAUUUAAAUAUGAAGUGAAAGAAUUUUGUAAAUCUUUAUCAUAAGAAGCAGAAAUUAAUGAAGCGUAAAUUAUAAAUUUAUUUGAGAGUUGCAGAAAUCUUAAAAAAUGCAGGUAUGGACCCAAGCUUUAGGGCUGCAUUUGCAAAUGCUUUUGCAUAUGCUUUCAAUGAUGUAUUAAUGAGAAAGGAUACUACUGAUAAAAUAAGAAUGUUUUUGUUAUUUUUAAUAGAGACUGAAAAAUCAUAAGAAUAAGGAAUUAAGGGAUUUAUAGACAUGAUCAUUGAUAAAUUGUUAAAUAAGUAUUGAAAUAAUUUUAAAUUAGAAAAACAAUGAUAAGUAAAGAAAAUGAAUUUGAUUCAUUAUUGGAAAAACUUUUAGGCAAAGAAAAAAUGAAAAAUUUAUCUGAGGAACAUAAAUUUUCAGGGCCUAAAAAUUCUGAAUUAUAUUGAAU